AUGACUUCCAUGAAGAAGGUCCUGACGUCUCUUGCUGUAGGCAUCCCGUCGCCACUCCCGCCGCCGUGCAAGGAACUUGACAAAAGUGUCCCCCAUGCGCCAAAACGAACGCCCAACCUAUCGCCGGCGGAUCGUCGCCAGGCAAUUGCAAA